AGAGCACAGGAAUAUACUAUCAUAAAUAUAAACAAACAAAACAAAUAGGAUGCAAGAGAAAUUAAUGGAUGAAUUGUUCUGCCCAUAGACGCCCAUACAGUUACAGCAAACAUGAAUAUCUUGACUGCUUGCCCGUUUUGAAAGAAAGCACUUGUACAAAAUAAAGAUGGCUAGAAUUUCUAGAAGGCGAUCGACGAAAACUCACUUGACGUUGCGUUGGCUGUUGUGAGUGGGCUUAAAUUCCACCCUAUUCGACAUCUGCGCCCUUGUACAUUUGUAGUGUCUGCCAACCAACGCGUGGAGACUUGAGGCUAUAUAUACACGGAUGUUCCUCAGGCACGUGUGAAGCCAGCAGAGGCUCGGUGUUAAAGUGGAGGCACGUCCUACCUUCGCAGCUCAGGUAUCACGACACAGAAGAAAAACUGCGUGCGUGGAAGUUCCACGUAUCACUCAACGUGGCCAUCAAAACAGGCGUGGGUACUAGUAAUUCCACAGGUAAUUCCACACUCCAAUCCUCCCCAUCUGUUAGAAUGUAAAGCGGUGCGGGAUGAAAUUGUGAGAAAGACGGAAAAAGAGAAAUUCUAGAGCUUUCUAAGGGUAGAUCUCGAGGUGAUCCAGAUCACCUAUGGUCACUCGUCACGUCUCACACUUGGCGGGCCGAGCGCUGCGAUUGGUUCAUCUCCUGCGCAUGUGCAGUUACUGCAGUCAAGAUGGCGACGGCUUUUAAAACUCUGGAGGUAGGCACCAGACGGAACCCAGAUCUUCAGCACAUUUUUGCCACGUUUGAGGUCUAAGCUUUACUGAGUUUGUUAUGUGUUCGUUUUGUGCUUGAUUUCCACUUUGAUUGUCGAUUCUGGACGUCCGUUGGAUGCGCGAGGGGGACACAUUCUGGGCGGCGGUAAACAAAACAGAUCUAAGUUGAGGACCUGAGAAGGGAACCGACACAUUUCAAGACUGGAGACUCUCCUGGUGCCGCCGCCCGCUUUUCCACACUUCCGGGGCUUCUAUAUGAUGGCCACAACGCCCAAGGAGGCCAGCCCACCUCUGAAUGGCCCCAUGAUGCACCCUAGUAUGAAUGGAUCGGCUGAGGGGCCUCACCAGGUCUUCUAUCUGCACGUGGCUCCAGGGCAGAUGUACACCAUCGCUACCGAGGAUGGCUCCAUGCAACAAGUACAAGGUCCGGCUACCGUCUGCAUGGUGUCCCACGACGGCACCCCUCCCAUUCCUCCAGAACACAUUGUGCAACAAGUUAUGGACGCUAACGGCAGUAUACACAUUAUGACGGCGCUGCCGCCUCCCCAGUACCCCAACGUGCCUCACCAAAUGGGCUACCCGCCCCCGAGCCAUAUGCCGCACCACAUGUUCCCUCAGAACCCCUAUCACCCUCCGGACGGUGGGGGGGAGGUGAUACCGCCACAGUAUACACCACAUCCAUAUCAACCCUCCUAUCCAUAUCCUCCAGAACAAGAGCCCCAAAGGCACACUCCAAACUUCCACAAGAUAGACGAGAGAGCGGAAAAGACUCGGGACCGGCUGAGGAAUAAAUUACACACCAGGCAGAGGGAAAACUCCUGCAAUGCCGGAAGUCCGCCCACCUCCCCCCGCAGGAGCCAGCCCUCGUCCCCCACUGCUGCUGAAAAUGGCUUUGGAAGAGGAGGGGGGAAGAGAAGGUUGCGGAACAGCUGCAAUCAGGAGCCUGAGCCACACCUGGGCAACCACCAGCCAAAUAGCAAAGAUAGUUUAGAGGUUAAGAGAAUAAAGGACAUCCUCUCUUCCAUCCAGAAGCCUCAGGUUCACAAGGUAGAAGCAAGGUCGGUCAAAGUCUCCUGGUCGCCACCACCUCUGUGCAUGAACGGAAGCGGGGACCCCGGACACAACCAUAUCGACCAAUCACACUUCAGCUACGAACUGGUCAUGUCCGACAAAGGCAAGGAUGGCAACUUCAAAGUUGUUUACAGUGGGGAGAAGAGGGAAUGCAGCUUGACAGACUUAAGGCCAGGCAGCGAGUAUCACAUAAGUGUAUAUGCCCUUAAUGAUAACAUCAAAGGAAUGACCUCGGAAGUGUGUAGUUUCCGGACACUGACUGCAGCUCCUGAAACACCUGCAGCACCAAAGCUGUCCAACAGGACCAAAAACAGCCUUGCCCUCAAGUGGAUGUCACCUUUGGACAAUGGCUCCAAAAUCACUUGCUUCAUUUUAGAGUGGGACGAGGGAAAGAAGGGGAACGGUUUCCGUGAAGUGUACAGUGGACCACAGAAGAUAUACAAGGCUACCAAGCUCACACAUUCCACCUGCUACACAUUCAGGCUAGCUGCUCAGAAUGAAGUGGGGAAGAGUGAUUUUAGCCCAGAGGUAUACUGCCACACCUCGGGGAGCCCCCCUCCCACCCCAGAACCUCCCAAGUUGGUACGAGCCACGACAACGUCGCUUCAACUCCACUGGACCAAACCGGCCGGGGCCGACGUGGAGGCUUUUACUCUGGAAAUGGAAGACGAAGACACGGGCUAUGGUUUCCAACCAGUUUACAAUGGUGAUGACCUCACCUACACACACAAGAGACUGAGAAGGAACAGUUCCUACUACUUUAGGUUGUGUGCCAGUAAUUCCGAGGGCCGAAGUGGCUGGAGUGAAAAAGUGUCGUUCACCACCAAUCCGGACAAGCCAGGAGUGCCUUCCCGCCCCCAGCUCAAAGGCCGCUUGCAUGCACAGCACUUCAAGAUCUCCUGGGAUCCACCACGAGAUACUGGAGGAAUCGACAUCAGUAAAUACUUACUGGAGAUGGCAUCUGGGAAAGAUGGUCCGUACGAGGUGGUGUACGCCGGCUCUAACCUGGAGCAUACCUGUGACAACCUGGUGCCAGGAGGGAUGUACAAGCUGAGGGUGGCGUGUGUCGGCGCAGGGGGUCAAAGUCAGUACUCCGAGUCAUACAGUAUCACUACAUUGCCAGUCACACCUGGCCAGUGCCAUCCUCCCAAGCUCUGCGGAAAACCAAAGGCUAACUCUCUACAAAUUAAAUGGGCCCUCCCAGACUACGAUGGUGGCAGCCCGCCGACGGAGUACCUUGUGGACAUGGUGAUGGACGACUGCACAUCUCUGGAGGUGUACAAGGGACCCGAGAUGGAAUGUACCAUUAUCAACCUGCUGCCGGGGAGGACGUACGCGUUUAGGGUGAAAGCCUUCAACAGAGUAGGGGGAGGGCCUGUGUCAGAGCCGUCUGUCUUCACGACAGGUGCUGGCCCACCUGACGCACCUGCGGAGCCGCUACUUACCUGCAAGUCACCUACAGCUGCGCUCGUCAGCUGGCAGACCCCAGCAGGGAACGGUGCAGAAGUGGUAGAGUACAGACUGGAGUGGAGCUGUGUGGACGGUACCUUCUCCCAACUCUACACAGGCCAGUCCAACAGUUACGAAGUGAAAGGGUUGAGUCCUGCCUCAUAUUACUACUUCAGAGUCCAGGCGGUGAACUCUGCCGGUGUGGGACCCUUCAGUCCCGUUGCGACCUGCCAAACGCCGGCGUCCUCUCCCAGCGCCGUCACGACCUUCCAGGUUGUCCCCGACGAAACGCCAGAGAACCCUGCAUCCUCCCUACACCUGGAGUGGGAUGAGCCGUGCAGCAAUGGAGAAGAUAUCCUGGGCUACAACAUUGACAUCGGUCUGGAGGGGAGGCUGGUGGCUGUGGAGAUGCCUGUCACAGACUUCCUACUCGAGGGGCUACUUCCCGACACCACGUAUAGGUUGCGAAUCCAGGCAGUGAACAGGAUAGGCGCGGGGCCCUUCAGUGCAACGAUUAAGGCCAAAACGAAGCCGCUGCCCCCCAACCCACCCAAGCUGGAGUGCGUGCAGUGCGGCCAUUCCAGCCUGAAGCUGAGGUGGACAGACGGAACCAAGAAUUCCGACACAAAAGCAACGGAGUACACCCUGCAGAUGGAAGAUACCAGAACUCUGAGGUUUGUUAGCAUCUAUGCCGGCACCAACACCAACUUCAAGGUGAACAGACUGAGUGAGCAGACUCCCUACAACUUCCGUAUCCUGGCUAUGAACGACGCUGGGGAGGGCCCCUUCUCUCCCAUCUACCAGUUCAUCACCCAGAAGGCACCUCCUCCAGCCAUGAAGGCCCCCAAGGUUCAGGAAGUGACUGACAGAACCUGUAAGGCAGUGUGGAUGGAAGUACCAGCCAUGAGGAGAGACCCUAUCCUGUACCAGCUUCAGAUGGCACAGGGCAGGGAUGCCAGGUACCAGGAGGUGUACAAAGGACCGGAGACAGCGUUCGCGCUGGAGAACUUGGAGCCCGACACAGAGUACCACCUGCGGGUGUGCUCGGUCCGCCAGUGCCAGGACGACCCCGCGCCCCUGAUCGGUCCGUACAGCCCCGGAGUCACAUUCCACACCCGCAGCAGGGAACACGUCGUCAUGGAGACGCCACGCCCCGUCCAGGAGCAGCCAAUCGAGCGGAAGGAGCUCAGCGACGAACAGCUGGUGGCGAUCGUGCUGGCGUCCUUCACCCUCCUCGCAAUAUUCAUCGCCUUCAUCAUCCAGUACUUCAUCUAGAGCCACUCCCAUUGGUUCAGAUAUAUAUAUUCCUGAACUUUGACCCUCCUUCUGAUUGGCUAAUAUAUAUAUUCCCAAACUUUGACCCCUCUUAUGAUUGGUUGUCUCAGAUUGCACCCCUACUCAACUCCAGUCUCACUCCAGGCUUUCAGUGCAAUUUGUACGGUGCAAACACUUAGGAAAAGGACAUGCUCUAUCUACAUUGUACCACAAACCCAAGUGCUAUCUGUCAAACCUUAAAUGUGUACGAAAAGAAUGCAUACUUAACAUAUUUGUAGGUUGUGUACACAAGAAAAAAUGUACAGUCCAUAUUAGAGUAGAUAGCAUUUGCUAGGUGGAGAUUUUUUUUAGUUUGAUUGAGUUAAUGAACACUAGAAUGUGUAUUGCUUUUUGUUUAAUUUGUGUUGUUUAUGAAGGUCUGUUGUCAAUGACAAUGUAAGAGGAGAGUAGUAGAAAAAAAUGACUGAUACCUGAAGAUGGCAAUCAAAGUGAUCCAGUGUGACACUAAUGGAUUUAAGGCUCCCUAAAUCACUGCACGUGAAAAAGGAGGGCAAUAGAAUACCAGAUAAUGAAUCACGUGGCUAGGGCCAGGAAAGUUGAAAGAAAAGUCAGUAGCAAUCUAGCCUAACUACCCUCACGUAAUGUACAUGUAACUCUGCAAAAGCUCACGUACGUAUACAACGUUGUUUCUGCUCCAUGCUGAGAGUGAAGACAACUAAGACUUAAGACUGAGAGACCACAGAAGAAAGAAAGCUAUAAUUCCUUACUACCCUCUACCACUUAUGUUGACAACGCCAAUAGGCGUACAGGCAUAGGAGUACUCUACAUAAAUGUAAGAAAUGAUAAUGCAUAUUUAUUGUGAAUUGUAAUAAGUAUUUAUGACCCGAGAGUGGAUCACUGUGAGGUCCCUUGUGCAUAUUCCAUCUUGCCAAUCCCGAAAUCGCUCAAGCGAGAGCUGCUCUGCUCUGUAUUCUAUCCAAGCAUCUUUCUGAACCUGUCUGUCAUAGUUUAACAAAGAGGACUCUAUUCUUGCUGACUUACAGAAAAAAGAAUAUGCUGCACCAAACAAGCCUGUCUCAUGGUGUAUGUGCCUUAAGAAAUUGUUGCCUAUUGCAAAUGUGGAAAAGAAGAAAUACAGUAUUAUGUGGAAAAAAGAUGUAGUAAACCUACAGAAAACAAAUGUUGUAGAAUGUCGAGCUGUGAAGCAUCAUAUAUCGCUCUUUUUGUCCAAGAUCAUUGUAUAUUUCCGCGCACAAGGGGCUUCCUCUAUGACACAUUCAAGUACCGAUAAACUCUGCUCCCAUUUCUUGUUCUGUCAGACUGUGUAUAUGCCUUUGAGUGGCAAAUCUGCCCAACUUGCGAGCAGUAGCAUAGCAGAGACAUACGACGCUGAUUCCAGAAAAUAUAGAUUUUAACUGUCUUGUUAUACUGUACAGCAUCAAUAUUCCCCGAUGUAAAAAAAGAAGUUAGGAUAUUCUAAGGUGCAGUCUGUAUUUUCUCCUA